UAACAUGAACGCGCUAACUUGACAAUGCUUAGCGUGCAGUUUUAUUUUUACAGUCUCUUGUUCUCGUUAGACCUUUGGCGAAGACGGAAGUGACGUCAAUAUGCACUGUAGGCUGCGUCACAAAAUAUGGCGCCAGCCAUCUCAAAUAUUAUGGGGGAAGUAAUAUCUGCGUGUGAUUAUAAUAUGAUUGAUUAAUCGUAAAUAUUUUUUUGCACUGGAGCUGAGUUUAUUCUGUCUCUCGGUUGUUGGAAUUUCAAAAUGCAGGAGGCAUCAGAGGACGGGGAAGAAAAGGUGACAGCCGGAAUGGAGUCACUAGCCGUAAAAGAGGGAGAGGAGGAGGACGACGAUGAAGAAGAGGAAGAUCAGCUUAAGGAAGAAGAGCAACCUGUGGAUGAAGACGCAGCUGAAGAAGAAGAAGCAGAACAGGAGCAAAAAGAGGAGGAUGAGGAGGAAGAUUGGUGCGUCUCAUGUAGUGAUGAAGAAAUUGAGUCCACGGAUGGUUGGCACCCGCCACCUGAAGAAAUCAAGAGGCUGUAUGAGCUUUUAGCCACUGAGGGGACUCUGCCACUGCAAGUGGAUUUACUGUACCGCAGACCCCCAACCCCGGAGCCGGAUCCUUCAGAAGAGGAGUCAGAUCAGGAACCAGAGGAGGAAGAGGAGGAGGAAGAGCUGCCACAGAUUCCAACUGAAUUUGAUUUUGACGAUGAGCCUUCAACUCCGAAAAACUCCUUAAUUGAUCGCCGGAGGACACCUGGGAGCACGGGUCGCAGCCAGAAGAGAGAAGCGCGACUGGACAAGGUUCUCUCUGAUAUGAAAAGACACAAGAAAAUUGAAGAGCAGAUCUUGAAAACGGGACAAGACCUCUUCGACAUGGAUCCUGACUCUGUACCUACACCAAAACGCUCCUCCGGCAUCUUCCCACGCCAACGCAAAUAUUGAGAACCAAGGACAAUAUCUGGUUGGGUAUGGGGGGAGUAAAGUCUAUCCGGGUGCCCCAUGCAAAUCACUGACUUAUCUCUCCCAUAUCCUCCAAAUAUGGCAUUAAACUGAGGUGCCAAAUAAAAUCACUGCCCUAUUUGUCUUCCCCUGUAGUAUGUAAAUUUACUUUUAGAGACUUGUGUCUUUUUGCUACAGUUUUUUUCAAAAUAUCUUUUAAUUGUUGUUGUUGUAAAGUGUCCGUCGUAUCCUUACAAUAUGUUCCUGCAAUGGUCUAGAUGGGGUUAAACUAUUGUUUGACUCCUAAUGCAACUUUAAAGGAACGUGAAACUCAUUUUUUUUAUUAUUCAGAUAGAGCAUACAUUUUUAAACAAUGUUCUCAUUUACGUUUAUAAUCAAUUUUGCUUCAUUCUUUUGGUAUCUUUUAUUGAAGUAACAACAAUGCACUACUGGGAGCUAGCUGAACAUAUCAGUAAGCCAUCUACAAGACAUGUAUGUGCAACACCAAUCAGCAGCUAGUGUUCCAUUCCUGAGCCUAACUAAGAAUGGAUUUCAACAAAGGAUAGCAAGAGAAUGAAGCACAUUAGAUGAUUAUUAUGCUCUAUCUGAAUCAUGAAAGAAAACUUUUGGGUUUCAUGUCCCUUUAAGGAUGCAAAACCUGAGGGUUUAUUUAUAUAGGAAGCAAAGGGGACGUAUAUACGGGAGCAACAGGUGGGACAAACCGAAGCAAAUACCUAAAUGCCUCUAUGUAUAUUUGUGUGUGUUGUGAGUGUUAUUUAUGCGGCUUAAUAUCAUCAGAUCAUGUAUGAAUUAAAUGUUCUAUUUUAUUCCAUAGAAAAAGUCUUUCUGUGCUUCAAACAUGACAAAUGUGUUCACUCUCUUGGAAGUGGCUAUUAGCAGAUAAUGUGUAUAGUAAAUGGCUGAACACAACUACGUUACUGAUGUCCGUGUGAUUAACCGCGCUCCCCGAGCCAGUGCUCGUGUAGUAAUCGCAUUAUACAGUAUGUGAGGUAUAUUCUAAAUAUAUAGAUAACGGGACAACACUAAACUUUCAUGAUUUGGGUAAAACAAGCACUUUUAAACAUAUUUCUAAUUUACUUCUAUUAAAACAUUUGCUUCAUUCUCUAGGUAUGGUUAGGUUAGCAGUGCAAGUGGGAGUGAGCUGGUGAUUGGUGGCUGUAAAUGUCUCUUGUCAUUGGCUCACCAGAUGUGUUCAGCUAGCGUCCAGUAGGGCAUUGCUGCUCCCGAGACUACUUUAACAAAAGAUACACAGAGAACAAAUCGGAUCAAUAGAGCAUGAAGUAUUUGAAUUGUACAAAUGAAUAGGGAUUGUAAAUUCAAAAUUAAACAUUCCAAUACAAUUCACUGGACCAUCUGUACAUUGACCAGAAAGGGAGUUUUUAUUUAGCAACAAAGUCUUAAUUCUACUGGAAAUUAUUAUGACCGUUACACAUUUUACAAUAACUUUAUAGGAAUCCUGUGUUUUAAGGUACAAUACACUGUAAAAUUGUUUUUAAUGUAUUUUCAAUGACUUGUUCUACCAGUUGCAGAGCAUAAAAUAUUUGAGAAAUUAUAUUAUCAGGUUUAUUUGUGUAUAUGAAAUAGCUGGUUUUGUGCUUUGAAACCACAGUCUAUUAUAGUGGGUUGUAUCAUAUGUCAUUAUAUUAUCACUUUGUGUACACACUCAUGCCUCUAUCUUAAUAUGUGUGUGUACACCAAAGCUCAAUACUUAGAGAGAAAAAUGGAACAUUAAUUUUAUAUUACUUAAAGGAAUAGUCUAGUCAAAAUUAAACUAUUAUAAUUCAGAUAGAGCAGCAAUUUUAUAAUUUACUCCUAUUAUCAAUUUUUCUUCGUUCUCUUUGUAUCUUUAUUUGAAAAAGCAAAAAUGUAAGCAUAGGAGCCGGCCCAUUUUUGGUUCAGCACCUGGGUAACACUUUCUGAUUGGUGUCUAAAUGUAGCCACCAAUCAGCAAGCUCUACCCAGGUGCUGAACCAAAAAUUGGCUGGCUUCAAACCUUUACAUUUUAAAUAGAUACCAAGAGAACAAAGAAAAAAUGAUAAUAGGAGUAAAUUAGAAAGUUGCUUAAAAUGACUGCUCUAUCUGGAUCAUGAGAGUUUAAUUUUGACUAGACUAGACAUAGUGCAGAAUUCUAUAACGUUAGUUUAGCGCCAACUUUAUAAAUCAAAAGCUUACAGAGAUAUUUAAUUCCAAAAUUCAAUUUUCCUGAACGCCGCUCAUGGCUCUACAGGUCUUGUUUUUCUUGUUUAAUGGCGCAGAAUUCUAUAACAUUAUUUUGUAGCUUUACUGGCCCUUUAACUAUCUUGCACCCCACUGGGAGUGUAAUUUCUUCUGCUGGCUGUUUUUACUUAUGCUUAUCAAUAGCCCAGUAUAUAAACUUUCAGUAUAGGUGGGGAUACCACAGGCUAAAUCGGCUAAUUCAAAUGCCAAAAUAGGGGUAAAGGAUCUACUUGUAAACAAUUUAAUACACUCUAGAAGGUGAACUGUAUCAUUGGGAACAAUUUAAAGGGUAAACAUUUUUUGGUUGAACUGUCCCUUCAAAUGCUCGUUCUGAGUGUUUUAUUUUUGUUGGUGUGGACGAUACAGCGAGUCUAUGUAGUACAAGUUUUUUAAUAUACUAAAUAAAUUUAGGUUUACUGUUCCCUUAAAUGUGCACAUUAAAUUGAAAUCUCUUUAAAGCCAAGACAUUAUCUAUCUCCCCCCCUUGAUUAAUCAAGGCUAAUUACUGCUUUCAGGUAUCUAACGUGUUUUAUACAUUUUAUAUUCCUUUUCUAAUAUGCCUAAACUGCUGUUCUGCAAAACACGGUCACACUGGCAGUUGAGUUUGUUUUUUAUGGUCACAUAGUAUAGUAAAUCAUUUCUGCUUUAUCUAAUGUUAUGAUUUUGUGAACUUCAGUUUCCCAACGCUUGGUUUUCCCCAGUGAUUUAUGAGGUCUAGUUAGUCCCAGGGACGUCUCAUUGUGGUAAUCCAGCUCCAAAUUGCUCUUCUCAGGUUACCAUGAAACAUCACUGAAAUUGGAAUUACUCAAAAUACAGAACACAGAGAGAUUGGACCCCUCCGGUGCAUGAAACUGCAACUAAAUCUGAACUUUUUAACAAGACAAUAAAUUUACAUAUGCAUAGUA